UAGGGGCGGGGCCUGUCUGGCCGCUUAGGGGCGUGCCCGCGCGCUGUGAUUGGUCGUCGGCACGGUGACGUAAUGCAUAUGAAUCGCUCUAAUAACUAGUAACGUUGGGAAGUUUUCAAGCAGAAGGAGCGCUCGGGAGAGCGGCUGCAGUCUAGUCACUUCGAUAAGGAGCAUCAACCAUGGUGCAGCAAGUGGACAGCCUGGACCUGGACAGCAGCCACCCCACGGACACCGAGGAGGGGGAAUUCAUGGCUGGCAGCCCGGUAGCCCUGGAUGAAAGUGACCCGGACUGGUGCAAAACGGCUACCGGUCACAUUAAGCGACCGAUGAAUGCGUUUAUGGUAUGGUCCAAGAUCGAGAGGAGAAAGAUCAUGGAGCAAUCCCCGGACAUGCACAACGCUGAGAUCUCCAAGAGACUGGGCAAGCGCUGGAAAAUGCUCAAUGACAGCGAGAAGAUCCCCUUCAUCAGGGAGGCGGAAAGGCUCCGGCUCAAACACAUGGCCGACUACCCCGACUACAAGUACAGACCCAGGAAAAAACCCAAGCUGGAUGCCUCUGCCAAGCAAUCUCUGGGACAGUCCCCGGAGAAGAGCCCCUCUGGAGGAGGCAGCAGCCUGAAGAGCAGCAGCAAAAGCUCCAGCAGCAGCAGCAGCGCCAAGAAAUGCCCCUCCAAGCUGAAAACCAGCAGCAAACCCGGGGCUAAGUCCCCGCAGGAAUACUCUGGGAUGGACGACUAUGUGUUUGGCAAUCUCAAGGUGUCCAAGGCGGUUAAGUGUGUCUUCAUGGAUGAGGAUGACGAUGAGGAGGAGGAAGAGGAGGAUGAGCUGCAGAUGAGGAUAAAGCAGGAGGAAGAUGAGGAGCAACUCAGACCAUACAAUGUAGCAAAAGUGCCGGCUAGUCCCACCUUGAGCUCCUCUGCAGAGUCCACAGAAGGUGCCAGCAUGUACGAGGAGGUGAGCCAUGCCACCAGCAUCCAUGCCAACUCCACCACCACCUCCUCCACCAAUAGACUCUACUACAACUUCAAAAACAUCACCAAACCCAGCACAGCACAACCCACCGUCACCCUGGCACCAUCCCGCAUCCUGUCCACUACUACUACUACUACCUCAUCAUCCUCCUCCUGCAGUGACAAAGAUGAUCUCCUCUUUGAUCUGAGCUUAAACUUCACCCAGAACCCUCAGGCCACCGAGCUGGGCAACUCCAAUUCAGGAAACCUCUGCCUCUCCCUGGUGGACAAAGACUUAGAUUCGUGCAGCAGUGAGGGCAGUCUUGGCUCCCACUUUGACUUUCCAGAUUACUGCACCCCAGAACUCAGCGAGAUGAUCGCAGGGGACUGGUUGGAAGCCAACUUUUCAGACUUGGUAUUUACCUACUGAUUUCCCCUUGACAUUUUUUUUUUUUUUUGUAAUUUUUUGUAUUAAUAUUUUUGGGGAUGGGAAUGUUGAACAGACACACAAAAAAAGGGGGUGGGUUGAAGACCUUCAUGGGGAGGGGGGGUACUUACUUUCCCUGCCUGUGAUUUCUGGCUUUCACUGUAAAGAGUAGCAAAGAAGAACAAGAUGAUGAGUUUUUUUUGUUUUUUUUGAGGAUGAUCAACGGUCUGGAAAAAUGUGUAGAAAUGUAAAUUUCUUGGCAGCUGAGCUGAUUCUCAAGGGGGUCAUUUGUGUAUUUUAUUGUAAUUUUUUUAUAUUGUAAUUAGUUUUUGUUUUUUUUGUUUUUUUCUAUACACCUAAAAGACUUGCAACAACAGCAACCUUUUUUUGGAGGGAGAAAACUGAUCUCUUCUAUGCAUCUAAUUUUUUUUCUAACUGCAGGGAGCUCAAACAACAAAAAAAAACACAAAAAACAGGACAACCUUACACUUAACUGUGAACUGAUCUCAAAAUCAGGAGUUUUUACUUUUUUCUCAGAUCAACAUAAAAAAAAAAAAAUCAAAAACAAACAAAAAUAGCGUCUACAGUUUCACAAUGUGAUUUGCAAAAAUUGCCAACUUUUUUUCUACCUUGUUCCCUUAAUACCUCCUUGAAGUUCAGACAACCCAGACCUCAAUACAAAACAAACAAAUAAGGUAUUGAAACAUUUUUGAUACAUGUCAGACCUCAGUCUUUUUUAAAAAUUUAAAAUAUUUUCAGGCGUAUUUUUGUACAGUUGUAAAAGAAGAAGAAGAAAAAAAAAGGGAACAUUCCUGCUGUCUUUUUGUUUAUUGUUUUUGUUGUUCAGUGGGACAUUCAGGCACUUCCUAUGUUUUUGUUUUUAAUUUUUGUUUUUUUUUAGCAUGCAAGUAAAUAAUGUUGAUACAAUGAUGUCCUGAUCUAAGGAUUAAAAUGGAAGUAAAAUAAAAUAAAAAAAUCCUUGCAUCUAAAAAAAAUAAAUUAAUUAAUUAAGGCCUUGUGAUUAAAAAAAAAAACAAAACAAACACUUUUUUUGUACAGCUAUAGUUCAGAUUUGUCCAAUAUUUGUAGGUAAAGAUUUAUUGAAAUGGUGACCUAGACCUCAGAGCUGUUAGCUUGAAGCUUGUAUAUGUACUGUAAUAUAGUAGGAUUCUAUGUAUAUCAUAUGCUGUGAUUAUGUGGAUGGGGCCUGAUUUAGUUACGAAACUGGAUGCUGGAUUUUUAGGCAGAAAAAAAAUCAAAUAAAAAAACAAACAAAAAAUAGGCACAUAAUAAAAGGUUUUCUAAAAAAAAAAAUGUGCAAUAUAAUUCGGAAAAAAAAAAUUGAA